AUGGCACCAAAGAAUAGAGCAGCAGUUGCUAAAGCUAUCGCUUUAAGAAUGAAAGCUGUGCAAAUGAAGAAGCCUAAACCUAAGGAUAGAGAGUCGGCAACUUCACCAUUGAAAACGUCUGUGUCUAAGAAGAAGUCUGCAUCUCCAAAUAAGAAGGAUGUGUCCCAAAAGAAGAGGACUUUGUCGCCAAAGAAUAAGGCUGGAUCCCCAAAGAAGAGGACUUUGUCGCCAACGAAGAAGGCUGCAUCCCAAAAGAAGAAAGGCACAUCAUGCUCUAGUGCUCUAUCUAUGAAGGACGUGACAAGCAGUAAAUCUAGAAAGAAUGUUAAGUCCACUAAGAGAGCACAGAGAGCAGCAACUAGUAAUGAGUAA